GCAAUCUUGAACCACCUCCUUGAACAGUAUGGUACACGCUGGUUUGAAAGCUGCAGAGGAGCUACUGCGAAUCUCCAGAAGUCCUCAGGAGUAGCACCACCAGGGAAAGCUGUCAUCAUGGGGGACAUGAAAACCCCUGACUUUGAUGACCUCUUGGCUGCUUUUGACAUCCCUGAUCCCACUAGCCUUGAUGCCAAGGAGACGAUCCCGUCAGCUGGGGAGGAGAACGAGAAUCACCUAAAGUCAUCGGGAAUCUGCAUAGAUGAGAUAGAAAGAUCUCACUCUUUGCCUCCCUCUGAUGCUCCUGUUGUGAGCGUGAUAGUGAAGAACACGAGUCGCCAGGAGUCCUUUGAAGCAGAAAAGGAGGGGAAUCACCUUGGGAGUGGGCUGCUACACAAUGGGUUUCGUGGAUCCGAUUUGCCAUCGGAGGCUCACACUUUAGUACAUAAUUAUGGCAAGUUUGAGUCAACUUUUAUUAAUGGUGACAGCUCAAGAGGUUACUCUGAUAAACUGGACCAGUCCAAGUCGGAGCCUUUGCCAACAUUUAGUCAGUUUAGCCCGAUUUCCAGCCCUGAACCAGAGGAUGCGUUUGAAGAGAACAGUAUUGGUGAUAAGUCCAAACGUGCCCAAACUCCGUAUUUUCCACCACCUUCAAUGUAUAUACCAACAGGAGCUUCAGUCCUAGAUCAUCUUAGGAAGGUACCAGAGCCUGAAUUAAGUAUGUUUGAUCAAUACUGCAAAAAGGAACAAAAGAUGGAAAUCCACUGCCAGCCGGAGAAUAGGCUGGAAAUGAGCAGGAGAGAACAAGACAAAGCAGCGGAGAGGUUUGUGGAGUCAAGCAAGGACUUGGUAGAUACCAGUAGCUUUCUUGGAGAAGGCUUGGUGUUUGGAGACCUCCCUCACAAUAAUUCAGGAGAACGUAAGGGCUCUGUGCCCGAGCUGAACAUGUCUUCGUCAGUACCGCCUCGCCAGAGGUUAAAGCCAACUCAUUCGAAGUUGUCAUCCUGUGUGGCAGCGUUAGUAGCUCUUCAGGCCAAAAAGGUUGCGUGUAUUCCAAAAGGCGAUCAGCCAAAUCUUACCAAGGAACCUGGCCCUUUUAAAGAUGGCAUGAAGGGAAGUCCAAAAAUGCCCAAGUCGCCAAAGAGUCCCCGAAGCCCCUUAGAGGUGGUAAGGAAGGCCAGCAAGCAGCCCGAGAGUCCUCGGAGCGUGUGCAGCGACAGCAGUGGGAAGGGCUCUCCUUCCAUGGCAGCUGGCUCUCCGCCAGCUAUUCCCAAAGUUAGAAUAAAGACUAUCAAGACAUCCUCUGGUGAAAUUAAAAGAACUGUAACUAGAAUUUUGCCAGAAAAUGAUGAGUUGGGCAAAUCUUCAGAAGAGUCACCUGUGGAGACCUCAUCUGCCGAAGAGUUUAUUAAAUCUUUCCCAUCCCCUGACACUAGCGCAGUUAUGGAAAGUGAGGCUAGCAAGAAUUCAUCCAAAAAUGGGGCUGCUGUGGCUAUCCAGCUGAGUCCUUACACAGACAGUAUGAAAACAGAUAUUGCUGCAAACAGCAUGUGUUCUGUGUCCUUAUCUCCACUGCCGAACUGUGGCAGCGGUGCCAUAAAAGUAGGUGUUAAGAGGCAGCAGCAGGGUAUGGUGGUGCAGCCAUCCAACGCGACCACCUCCAGCCUUCUUCCCAAAGCUGUGCACUUGGCAAAUCUCAAUUUAGUCCCCCAUAGCGUUGCUGCUUCUGUUACAGCGAAGUCAUCCGCACAGAGGCGAAAUCAGCCUCAGGUGACGCAGAUGUCUGUGCCGCUGGUGCACCAAGUCAAGAAAGCUGCUCCCCUCAUAGUGGAGGCAUUUAAUAAAGUCCUACAGAGUGCCAAUCCGGUGCCAAUAUAUACUCCAAACCUUAGCCCUCCACCUGAUACCAGUAUUAAUUUACCUGCCUCUGGGUAUUGCUGCCUGGAAUGUGGGGACUCGUUUGCCUUAGAGAAGAGCCUGACUCAACAUUAUAGUAGGCGAAGUGUUCAUAUCGAAGUCAUGUGCACUCAGUGUUCAACUAUGCUCCUUUUUUUUAAUAAGUGUAGCUUGCUUAAACAUGCAAGAGAUCACAAGAGCAAAGGAUUUAUCAUGCAGUGUUCUCAGCUGCUAAUGAAACCAAUUUCCUUAGACCAAAUGUUUUCACCUUCUCCUACAAGCUCUUCAGCCUCUCUGGCUCCUCAGACUUUGCACUCGCCCUCUCCUUCGCAUAAGUCCAGCGCUGCUUCAGGUGGGGUAGGAAUUUCUGCGAGCACUCAGCCAGCCUUGCCUCUCUAUACGGACCCAUUGAGACUAAUCCGUCAUGGACUUAAGUGUUUAGAGUGUAACAAGCAGGCGAAGGAUUAUGUUGCUUUAGCAGCUCAUUACCAGAGAACCUCAGAAGAUAAUGAGAGACUGUGGGACAACUCAGCAGGGUGUAAACAGUCCAGGAGGUUCCUGGACAGAAUUGAUAACAAUUUCCUGACCCAGGCGAUAGGGGAGCCAACAAGGAGAGAUGUGUUGCUGGACCUCAUGCUCACCAUUGAGGAGGGGCUUGCUGGGCAUGUGAAGGUCAAACACAGUGACCAUGAGAUAGUAGAGUGCAGGGUCCUGAGGGCAAAAAUCAAGAUGACAACACUGGACUUCAGGAGAGGAGACUUUGGCCUCUUUUGGGGUCUGCUCUUAAGGCCCUGGAAGGAAGGAGAGGUUCAAGAAAGAAGGUUGAUAUUAAAGGGCCACCUCCUCCGUGCUCACGAGCAGUCCAUCCCAACAAAGCAACAACUCAUGAAAACACUACAAUGUCUGCAUGGAUGAGCAAGGAGCUCUUGGCAAAGCUCAGACUUAAAAAGGGAGUUACUAAGUGCAGUCCUGGUCAACAUCUUCAUUAAUGGUCUGGAUGAUGGGGCAGAGUGUACCCGCAGUGAGUUUGCUGAUGACACAAAGCUGGGAGGAGUGGCUGAUAAAACAGAUGGUCAUGCUGCCGUCCAGAGGGACCUCAGCAGGCUGGAGAGAUCAGCCAACAGGAGCCUCAUGAAGUUCAACAAGAAGUGCAGUGUCCUGCCCCUGGGGAGGAACAACUCCAUGCAGCAGUGGACUCAGGUCCUGCCAGAAAACCUGCUUCAGG